AUGGCGGCCGGAUGGAGAAAGUUCACCGGCCAGUCUCCGUAUCCAUCUGUGGCGGCUAAUAAAACCGAAAGUGCCUUUGCCUACGGCGUCAAACAGGACCGACAGUACCGGCUGGACUGGGUAAUGAGAGAAAAAUUAGGAAUGACAAAGCAAAUUAAUAAAAAAAUAUAAAAUUUUUAAAAUACGACAGCAUUUCCUUAGCCUUGUAAACAAUUUCUUGCCAUUUUAUGUUUUGUAAAGAAAGUUCUUGCCAUUUUAUGUUUUGUAAAGAAAGUUCUUGCCAUUAUAUGUUUAGUAAAGAAAGUUCUUGCCAUUUGUUGUUUUGUAAAGAAAGUUCUUGCCAUUUUAUGUUUUGUAAAGAAAGUUCUUGCCAUUUUCUGUUUGGUAAAGAAAGUUUUUGCCAUUUCUUGAUUCGAAAAAACAGUUCUUGCUAUUUCUUAAAUUGUAAAGAAAGUUUUUGCCAUUUUUCAUGCAAAAAAGUUCAUUUUAUGUCCUUCGCAGCCUGCGGGUGACAAGUUAUACGAUAAACUAUAAUUUGUGGUCGGUAAAAAAAAGCUUUUACAAUUUUUUCGUUUCGUAAAGAAAGUUCUUGCCAUUUUUUGUCAUCACCAAGUUUGACGUCUCUUUCCUAGUUCACCCUACCCUACUUUAGUCUGCCCUACCCGUUUUUAUAUCAAACCUCCAUUACUUAUCACUUCUCCCUCUUACCUACCACCUCCCCAUAUCCUCACCCUCUCACCGAUAUUUUCAAACAAAACCCCACGCCAAAAGGCUAAAACAUUGAAAUUGAGCACGAAUUUCGUAGGCAAUUUGGAAAAACAGUUUCAGGAAAAAACAAAAAUUGUCAAAGUUGGUUAAGUAGGGCCAGUUAACGGGGGAGCACUCGAAAAGACCACCGCCAUUAUUAUCCAUGGCUUCGUUCCUCUUUUGUUGUUGCUGCAAACAUUAAUUAUUUAUUGUAAUUUUCGUUUUUUCUCCAGAUAAACGUUUCUCAACCGGUUUCUAAGCGAGUUCGGCCGAAGAGGAGGAUUCUGGGUCCUAAUUUAUUAAAUGGCAAUCUGGGGCGAAUACUUUUAAAAUUUUUAAUUUGAAAAAGUUUCAGAUCCAAGGCAGAGACGCUGAAAGUGAAGCCAAACUUCUAAAAUUCAUUGCUGAUGAAUUGGGAAUGGAUGCUCCACCAGUGGCCAGAGUCGGACGAUGGCUGAAGGACGGAGUAGUGCUUUGCAAGUAAGUGUAAAAUACCCUACCCUACCCUACCUUACCCUACCCUACCCUACCUUACCCUACCCUACCCUACCCUACCCUACCCUACCCUACCCUACCCUACCCUACCCUACCCUACCCUACCCUACCCUACCCUACCCUACCCUACCCUACCCUACCCUACCCUACCCUACCCUACCCUACCCUACCCUACCCUACCCUACCCUACCCUACCCUACCUACCCUACCUACCCUACUUACCCUACCCUACCCUACUCUACCCUGUCUUAUCCUUCUUUGCUUUAUCUUACUGUAACCUACUCUAGCCUAUCCACUGCGCUAUGUUAAUAUCCUAACUUACCCUUCCUUAAUCUAUAUUUACUUACCGUACUCUAUCUUAUGUUAGUUUAGCCUAUCCUUCUUUAUUUUACCCUGCCCUACUUUAAUUCGCCCUGCCGUUCCCUAUUUUAGUCUAUCAUACUUUUUAAUAUCAAUAACAUAAAAACCAUUAGUAUUACUGUAACAAUAUGUUCCAAAACCUUUAUUAUUCCAGAAUGCUUGAGAAGAUGGCUCCCGGCUGUCUGUCUAGGCCAUUAAAUACGAAACGAUCCGAGUUCGCGGCGAUCGAAAAUAUUCGAAAUUUCCUCGAAAGUGCAGUACGUUUGGGCUUCGAGGAGGGCCACAUGUUCGAAGUCAGCGAUCUGGUUGAUCAGAAAAACAUUGGCAAAGUGUUGGGGGUGCUGCAAAUGUUGGCCGAAGAGAUUCAAACACGGGUCACGGUUCGGAUUUACUAUUGA